UUAACACCAGCUUUCAACAAAAGUUCUUUGGUAGAUUCAAUGACCUUGUCAGCAAAUACAAUUUAUCAUUUGCUGACGGACGAUUUUCAUACUAUUGGAUACGCAAUUUUUUACAUUGAAUUGUCGACGAAUUUUUCUGGAGUUUUUAUCAUGACAAGGAGCACACGGUGAGUGUAACCGAUCGGCAAGUCCACUCUUCUAUGACAUCUCGCCCCGCCUUUAAGGUUUUAAAUAUCAGUGUUUACUCUGCUCUAAUAAAUUUGUAUUGGUUAAAUGACUUUUUAGCUUGAAUACUGAUCGCUAUCUCCAUAUAUUUCAUUUAGUAAGCAUUCAAAGGAAAAUAUCAUGGUGAACCGUAAGCGCAAACAUUUAAUGUAGUUUAUUUUUUUAAUUCUGCCUCAGCAGGUAUUUUACCCGUUGCUGUUAGGUUCUAAUGAAGUGUGUAAUUGUGCACGCAGUAUAGGAUAGAAGUACUUUUUAAAUGCAUGUUUUGUAGGCGAUCAAUUUCCCUUUUUAACUUGGAAAUAUGAAAAAAAACUGUUGAUGUGAAGGGUCGCCUUACGUAAAAGUUAUGUUAUUUUAAUCCUCAAAGCUAUCCAAAGAAAUUCCAUUUGAAAUUCUUUGGUGACCACCCCCCCCCCCCUCCCCCCAACUAAUCACACAUCACAUACACACUACAAAUUGUUUCCGAAAAAUACCGGAAACAUGAGACAGGGAAGAAAUGCUUAGAAUAUAUUGCAUAAAUACAGGAAAGAAAACAGCUGGCAUGAAGUAAUAAAUUAUCUCCCACGAGCUCAUUUUUAUAAUUUGCAUCAUGGAGGACUUUGCUUUGCAGAAUGCCCAGCAAUUUUGGAGGCAACAAGCACAUCUUGAUUCAUUAAAAAUCAUAGAAACAAGAUACCAGCAGGGAAGAGGACCGUGUAAUAUCUUCAUACUGGACACAUCAUCAAAUGUCGGAGAGGACGGCUUCAAACAGAUGAAGGAGACUUUCUGUACAAUAGUGGAUGAGUUUUCAAAAUAUCCGGGGAUAGAUGAAAAUGUGGCUGUAAUUAUAUGCGGAAGGACAACAGCAUUCAGAUACCACUAUUCUAAUCAGUACAAUCAAAUAAAACGAUGUAUUGAUGACGUAGAACAUGUCGGACCAUCACCUCUAACUGCUGCUUUCCUUCUCUCUUUAGGAGCAAUUUCAAAUGGAGCAGGGUAUUCAAAGAUGAUGGGAGAGUUCCAUGUUCAUCCACGUAUAAUUCUCAUUUCCGCGGGAAAACCGACAGAUUUUACCGUUAUGGGGGAUGAUAAAUUACCACUUCAUGUGCAUGAUCAGGUAAAAGAUCAUUUGCUCCAGAUUGCCAAAAUCAUUGGAAGAGUCAAUCCAAUUUUUUGCAUCCCAGUCGGCAGAAAUCCAGACAUGGUAAACUUAGGAUUGAUAUCUGCCCUUUCAAGAGGAGGAAAGAUUAUCUAUCCCUAUGAAGCUAAACAGUUUGCUAAAUAUUCCGAAAAUAUGAGAGUAGCGUCGAUCAUAUGCUCAACGACAGAAUUAAAUGAACUUGACAGAGGAACGAUUUCACUUUUACUGACUCAGGCUCUACCUGGCAGGGAAUUCACUGAAAAGGACAUGGACGACAUUUGCAAUAUAUGUUCGAAGAAAUUAUUAUUUACAUCUAUGGACGGUAUGCAGAUAAGGGGUCACGAUUCAGAUAAUGUGCCAGACACCUUCCCAGAAAAAAGCUCCCAGCUGAUACCUCUAGGUGGUAGGGUUAAAAGAGGUCCAGAUUGGAAGUGGGAAAACCAGGACAAUUGUAGUCCUGGAACUGUAGUCGCAUAUUCCAGAGAUGCUGGAUGGUUGAUUGUACAGUGGGAUACAGGCUCUUCAAACAGCUAUAGAUACGGGACAACAAAUAACGAGGGAAAUAAAUAUGAUGUAGUUGUUUGUGAAGAACCUCGAAUAUUGCACAACGAACUCAUAGCUAUUGGUUGUUUGGCUCAGAGAGGACCAGAUUGGGAACUUGGUAAUCUAGACGGUGGAAUAGGAAGUUUCGGUGCGGUGUAUAAAGUCAAAUCGAACGGAGUCGUAUAUAUCAAUUGGCAAAAUGGUAAUAGACAUGACUGCAGAUAUGGUUUUGAUGGGAAAUUUGACUUGAGUUUGUGCGAUCCUUUUUCAUCGGAGGUUAAAAGAUUUUUACAAGAGCAAAAGAGACAAGCUCAAUGUAAACUACCAGAAAACAUGCAACAUAUCUAUAGCAGCGCACCAACAUCUGGUAAGUAUUUAAAAUUAUGA